AUGCAGAUGUCUGGUUUUCCUUUCACACAGAAUAUGCUGCCAUUUGGGUUUCCUUUUGGUCCAGGCAUGAAUCCAUUUGUGUUUCAUGAGCAUCAAGCUAGUGCUCUGGAGCCUAAUAAUCGAAGGGGCCCAAUCAUUCAGCAAUUGGACUCUGAUGAUAAAUAUGAGGAUGAGACCAAAGAGAAGAAAGAAAAUCCAAAAAAGAAUAGAAGGCCAAGAAGCACUGAACCCACUAUGGAACAUCCAUAUGAUAAACUUGAAGGGAAAAAGAUCAGACAUUUGCAGGGUAGAAAUGUGUUCAACAAUUUCAAUGCAACUGAGCUCCAGCCUCAAACACACAGCUUCUCCUUUCAGAGCUCGACAGUCAGCUAUGGUAGUCCAAGUGGAACAUAUUACACUUCAUCAAAGACUAGGAGGACAGGAAGUGACAGAGUGACACUUGAGGAAAGCAAAAAGGCUGAUAGCUCCACAAGACAAGCUUCUCACAGGAUUUCUAUAGGCCUGCAUGACAAGAUAUCUUUUUUGGUGGCAAUAUUAUAUUUGUUGGUUUGGUUUUGA